AUGGCUUCCAUGGCGCUCCCGAAGCGUUCCACGCGCGGGAUGCGCAUGAACAAGCUCCUGGAAGACGAGGACAGCGCGGACGAGGAGUUUUGGAAUCAGGACGCCUUCGCCGAGGAGGAGGGCGACGGGGUGUACGAGUCCGAGUCGGAGAAGGAGGACGUCUUCGACUCCGACUUCGACGAGGACGAGUCGUCGUCGGACGAUGAAGAGGUCCACGUGGCGAGGGAGCGGACGAAGAAGGUGCUCAAGGCGCCGGAGCGCAAGCCGGUGAAGCCCGAGGGCGGCGCGGGGGCGGUGCCGAGGAAACCCAAGGCGCCGAGGGUCAAGCCGGAUCCCGCGCUCUUCGGGAUCCCGAUGGAGGACAGCGAGGCGGUGACGUGGGAGGACGGCGUCCGGAAAUCGUCCCGCGCCAUCGUCAAGGACAUCCGGAGCAAGUCGGAAGCCGCGCGCGAGGCGGCGGCGAGACGACCGGCGCCCAAGCGGGAUCCCAACCAGGGCGUCUACAAACCAGUGACCCAGGCGGAGAUCCUCGCGGAAGCCGCGCUCACCGAAGUUCGAAACCUGGCGGACCUGGAGCACCUGCUGAACAUAGAGGAGGCGACGAAGAAAAAGGCGGAACGCGUCAAGAAGACGCACACGCACCCGUGCCUGCGCGUCAGGAGCGUCGCGGUGGACGCGGUGGACGACGGCGACACAGCUGGCGGCGGGAGCCGCGAGUCGAGGACGACGAUCGAGCUCAGGUUCGGAGCGGCGACGCCGCCGCCGUUGGGAGCCGCGGCGCCCCGCGCGCCGCGUCCGGCGACGUGCGCCGUGACUGGCAAACCCGCGAGGUACAUGGAUCCGCUCACGGGUCAGGGGUACCACGACGUCGCCGCGUUCAAGGAGCUGCGGCGGCGGCGCGAGACUGGCGGGGACGACGACGGGCUCGGGGAGGACGAGGAGGACGACGAUGGGAUCGGGGAGGAGGAGGCGGAGGAGGAUGACGGGCUCGGCGACGACGACGACGACGUCGAGAUGGAGGCCGCCGCGCCCGAGCCGUCGCCCGUGAAGCGUCCCAUCGCGCCGGGCGGAGGGGCCGGGGCGAAGAAGGCGAAGAAGGCGAGCCUGAACGACCUCGCGGCGGGGAAGGAAUUCCCACCGCCGACGGAGUGA